GUGGUGGGAGGGGUGCGGAGCGGGACUUGGAGCCGCCGCUGCUUUGCCCGCCGCGUACAGAUCCUGCCUCGCGCCUGGUGCUGCUGGGAUGAUGCGGCCGGGUCCCGAAGGCUGCUGCCGUCGCCCGGUGCGGGCGAACGGCUGCGUGGCGAACGGGGAGGUGCGGAACGGGUACGUGAGGAGCAGCGCCGCUGCCGCCGCAGCCGCUGCCGGCCAGAUACAUCAUGUUACACAGAAUGGAGGACUGUAUAAAAGACCAUUUAACGAAGCUUUUGAAGAAACACCAAUGCUGGUCGCUGUGCUUACUUAUGUCGGGUAUGGUGUACUCACUCUCUUUGGAUAUCUUCGAGAUUUCUUGAGGCAUUGGAGAAUUGAAAAGUGUCACCAUGCAACGGAAAGAGAAGAACAACAGGACUUUGUGUCAUUGUAUCAGGAUUUUGAAAACUUCUAUACAAGGAACCUCUAUAUGAGGAUUCGAGACAACUGGAAUCGACCCAUCUGCAGUGUGCCUGGAGCCAGGGUGGACAUCAUGGAGAGACAGUCUCACGACUACAACUGGUCAUUCAAGUACACCGGGAAUAUAAUUAAAGAUGUUAUAAACAUGGGUUCCUACAAUUAUCUUGGAUUUGCACGAAAUACUGGAGCAUGUCAAGAGGCAGCUGCCAAAGUCCUGGAGGAGUAUGGUGUUGGAGUGUGCAGCACUCGGCAGGAAAUUGGAAACCUGGACAAGCAUGAAGAACUAGAGAAGCUUGUGGCAAGUUUCUUGGGAGUAGAAGCUGCUAUGGCAUAUGGCAUGGGGUUUGCAACAAAUUCAAUGAACAUUCCUGCUCUUGUUAGCAAAGGUUGCCUGAUUCUGAGUGAUGAACUAAACCAUGCGUCACUGGUUCUGGGAGCCAGACUCUCAGGAGCAACCAUUCGAAUCUUCAAACACAACAAUAUGCAAAGCCUAGAGAAGCUGUUGAAGGAUGCCAUUGUUUAUGGUCAGCCUCGGACACGAAGGCCCUGGAAGAAAAUUCUAAUCCUUGUGGAGGGAAUAUAUAGCAUGGAGGGAUCUAUUGUUCGCCUUCCUGAAGUGAUUGCCCUUAAGAAGAAAUACAAGGCAUACUUGUAUCUAGAUGAAGCUCACAGCAUUGGGGCUCUGGGCCCCACAGGUCGAGGUGUGGUGGACUACUUCGGCCUGGAUCCUGAGGACGUGGACAUUAUGAUGGGGACAUUUACAAAGAGCUUUGGUGCUUCUGGAGGAUACAUUGGAGGCAAGAAGGAGCUGAUUGACUAUCUGCGGACACAUUCUCACAGUGCCGUGUACGCCACGUCACUGUCGCCACCUGUCGUGGAGCAGAUCAUCACCUCUAUGAAGUGCAUCAUGGGGCAGGAUGGCACCACCCUUGGCAAAGAAUGUAUACAGCAGUUAGCCGAAAACACCAGGUAUUUCAGGAGACGUCUAAAAGAGAUGGGCUUCAUCAUCUAUGGAAAUGAAGAUUCUCCAGUUGUGCCUCUGAUGCUCUACAUGCCAGCCAAAAUUGGCGCCUUUGGGCGGGAGAUGCUAAAGCGGAAUGUCGGUGUCGUUGUGGUAGGAUUUCCUGCUACCCCAAUCAUCGAGUCCAGAGCCAGGUUUUGCCUGUCGGCAGCUCAUACCAAAGAAAUACUUGAUACUGCUUUAAAGGAGAUAGAUGAAGUCGGGGACCUGUUGCAGCUGAAGUAUUCCCGUCAUCGGUUGGUACCCCUACUGGACAGGCCCUUUGAUGAGACUACAUAUGAAGAAACAGAAGACUGAGCCUUUUUGGUGCUCCCCUUGAGGGCCUCUCCCGCCCCCAGGACAGCGUGUGGCCUUUCUGAGCCAGUUCCAGGAACCACACUUCCGUGGCCGACUCACGUGCAAGACAUUUCCUCAACUACUGACGGUGGCCACCUCCACUCUAAAUGGCAUUUUGUAAAUAGUGAGAAACUGCUUCACAUCCUUCCUUUGCUACAGUUCACCAUUUAAAAAAGAGGUGACUCACUUUGCUUUUUUGUGCAUUAAAAAGUAUGUUUUAUUUUUUAACUACUCCACUUGUGACAUCACGCUGACCCUAGCCUGCCUCUGGCUAACCUCGAAGGCCGUUUUCCUCUCCCAGCCACUUCCCAGACGUGGGCGCAUUGAAAGGUCCUGCUGGCCCUGACUCUAUGGCCUCAAGACUCCGCUGGCCCUCCUCCCGGGGAGCAGGUGCCUUCCACUUACUUCCAGUCCAGGUCUCAGAGGUUGCCAGCCUUGGAAUCUUUCUUUAACCUGCCGCAUAACCCAAGUGUUUUAAUGCGUCUUAAGUUUAUCCAUUUGAGAAAAACAGUAAAUGCUAAUCCUGCUGAGACUCCCCCUCAUUGUGUGACCCUCCCUGGCCAGGAGCCUCCAGGGAUGGGGCUUAGUCCAUUCUCUUCUGGUGACCAGAUGUUUCUUCGUAACUGUCAGCAUCUGAGGGCAUGUCCAAUUUCGGGAUUCUUCCCAAGCUAUAAUCCUACACUCCCACCCCUAUUUAAAACACUUAAAUUGUUUUAAAAGCACCCACAUCCCACCCCAGUCAGACGUCUGUGGUGAAGCUGACUCGCACCCCACUAUUCUGAGUACAAAGCUGCUCGAUAGAGUGACUUGUACUUCUCUGGGGUAAGAGGGCAGGGGCCGUGUAGAAGGAAUUGAUGGCUCCUUACAGUGUCUGUGGUUUAGUUCUUAUUACUUUCACAUUUUCAAAAUUGUGACAGCCCCUCCCUGGGUCUGGGUCCAGAUUAGGACUUAAACUGAUGAAAGAAAAUGUUGGUAAAUUCUCUGCUCAGAAAUCAUUUAUCAUGUUCCUAAUUUAAGGAUUAAAGUUUUUAAUUUACUCUUUUUAGGAGAUGACCCAUUUAAAUAUCACUGUCUGUGUGCUGGUUCUCCUUCAUUCUUGAUGUUCUCACGCAGUUCUAACCUGGCAUUGGGGGUCUAGAGGCGCCAUCUCCUUCUGCUACCACCCCCCACCCCUUUUCCCUUGAGAAAUCCCAAACGUGUUUUUCUGUGCUAAACUGGGAUCCUCUGUUUUGACUUUUCAUACCAGGUGAGGGGACUUCUUUCAGAGAGCUUUAUACUGUUCAACCAAAGAACAAAUCUGAAAGUCACCAUUGGAAAAGUUCCCUUUAUUGCUUGUUUUCUGUUAAGCUUAAGUGAAGAGAACUCUUGACUUUUUUCCUACCCAAGAUCAGCUUGUCUUUUAAUAGCCGUCAAAUAUCAUGGGGGGAGGGAUUGGAAACAAAAUGGAAAAACAUUGUGUGAAAGUU